AUGAGUCGACCUCGUUUCUUCAACGCUCCCCGAAAGGGCGAGAACUUUGAAUUGCGUGCUGAUCUCAACUCGGAGUACCGCGAUCGCAGAAAGGAUGCCAUCAAGCGUGUCAUCGCCAACAUGACCGUGGGCAAGGACGUCAGCGGUCUCUUCCCAGACGUGCUCAAAAACAUGCAGACCGAAGAUCUCGAACAGAAGAAGCUCGUCUACCUAUAUCUCAUGAACUACGCAAAGACGCAGCCCGAGCUCGUCAUUCUCGCCGUCAAUACCUUUGUCAAGGACUCCGAGGAUCCGAAUCCGCUCAUCCGCGCUCUCGCCAUCCGCACUAUGGGCUGUCUGCGUGCAGAGAAGAUCAUUGACUAUCUCUCCGACCCGCUCGAAAAGUCGUUGCGUGACGAGAACCCGUACGUGCGCAAGACCGCCGCCAUCUGCGUCGCCAAGCUCUACGAUCUCAAGCCCGAAUUGGCCGUCGACCGGGGCUUUGUCGGCAUGCUCAAGGACAUGGUCGGAGACAGCAACCCCAUGGUUGUAGCAAACGCAGUCACUGCCCUCACCGACAUCCAUCAAACCGCGCUCGAAAACGAUCCCACAGGCCAGUCCGCCGUGUUCAUCCUCGACUCGGAAAUUCUCACCAAGCUUCUCAUUGCACUCAACGAAUGCACCGAAUGGGGUCGCAUUGCCAUUCUCAACUCGCUCGCGCGCUACCGUGCUCGUGAUGAGAAGCAAGCCGAACACAUUUGCGAGCGAGUCAUGCCGCAAUUUCAGCAUGCAAAUGGAAGCGUCGUGCUCGGUGCCGUCAAGGUAGUUCUCAUCCACAUGGCCAAAGUGCGCAACAAUGAUGAGCUCAUUAAGCAGCUCGUGCGCAAAAUGGCGCCACCGCUUGUCACUCUCAUCUCGUCCGCUCCCGAAGUCCAGUGGGUCGCACUGCGCAACAUCAACCUUGUGCUCCAGAAGCGCCCCGACAUCCUGCAAAACGAGCUUCGCGUGUUUUUCUGCAAGUACAAUGACCCCUCGUAUGUUAAGCUCGAAAAGGUCGAGAUCAUGAUCAAGCUCGCCAACGAGCGCAACGUCGAUAUGCUCCUCUCCGAACUCAAAGAGUACGCCUCCGAAGUCGAUGUCGACUUUGUGCGCAGAGCCAUCCGUGCCAUUGGUCAGUGCGCCAUCAAGAUCGACGCUGCUGCAGAGCGAUGUGUACAUGUAUUGCUCGAUCUCAUCGCCACCAAGGUCAGCUAUGUGGUCCAGGAAGCGGUCGUCGUCAUCAAGGAUAUUUUCCGAAAGUACCCGCACAACUACGAAGGCAUCAUCCCUACGCUCUGCUCAAAUCUCGAAGAGCUCGACGAGCCCGAGGCCAAAGGCUCGCUCAUCUGGAUCCUUGGAGAAUACGCAGACAAAAUCUCCAAUGCUGAAGACCUGCUCGCGCACUUCCUCGACUCGUUCACCGACGAGCCGUACCAGGUGCAAUUCCAAACGCUCACCGCCAUUGUCAAGGCAUUCCUCAAGAAGCCCGACAGCAGCUUGGCGCAGCAGAUUGUGCAGCAGGUGUUGGAAAAGGCAACCAAGGAGUGCGAUUCGCCCGACUUGCGCGAUCGUGCCUUCAUCUACUGGCGUCUGCUCUCGUCGUCGGAUUCGGGGGCAGGCAGAAAUGUCAUUCUCGCCUCUCGCCCACCCAUCUCGAUCCCGCUCACCACGGUGCCACCAGCUGUGCUCGACGAGCUCGUUUCGGAGCUCUCAAGUCUGGCUAGUGCCUACCACAAGCCGGCGGCGACGUUUAUUGGCAAGGCGAGAUUUGGUGCCGACGGCGUGCGCAACGGUCAAGUGGGCGAUGCGGAGGACGACAUUACACGCGAAAAGGCGCUCGCUACUGUGGUGCAGGGGCAAAAGUCGGAGAACCUGCUCGACUUUGGUGAUGACGACGUUGACAUCCCGGCCAGUGCUGGAGCGAGCGCAGGGAGCGGCAACGGCGCAGGAGCACUGGGAGCGCUCGCAGGGUUGGACGACUUGAUGAUGGGCGCUAGCAUCUCUUCGCCAAGCGUGGGCUCAGCUGGCAACGGUGCAGCAGUGUCAAGCGGCGCAUCGACAGGAGGAGGACUCAACGACCUGCUGGGCCUGUUUGACGCUGCCCCAGGUGCCGAACAGCCGGGAGCGCAGAGCGGCGUGCAAGCCUUGAAGGCACUUUCCGCUGCGCCUUCCAACACGUUUGGCUCCCCACUCUCGCCUUCGCCAUCGUCAGCCAGCCCUACUCCGACGUCAGCAUCCAUUACCACGGCAAAGCCAGCUUCGACUUCGGACGACUUGCUAGGCCUCUUUUGA